CUCUGCCCUCUUCCUUUGUUGCUGCACCUAGGACUUUGGCAGCCUGCGCUCUGUCACCUCCCGGUGUGACUUGAAGGCAAACCUGGCCAGAAACGGCUGUGGGGGCGAGUUUGAGAGCCCGGCCAGCAGCACCCAGGUCCUGCGGAGCCUGCCUCUCAGCAGCAAGGGCUCCAGUACUGCCAGCUCCGACGUCAUUCAGAUGACGCCGCAGAAGAUCGCCCUGACCCUGCGGCCAGGUGACAAGAUGACUUUCCAGCUGCAGGUUCGACAAGUGGAGGAUUAUCCUGUGGACCUGUACUAUCUGAUGGACCUCUCCCUGUCCAUGAAGGAUGACUUGGACAACAUCCGGAACCUGGGCACCAAGCUCGCUGAAGAGAUGAGGAAGCUCACCAGCAACUUCCGGUUGGGGUUCGGGUCUUUUGUAGACAAGAACAUCUCCCCUUUCUCCUACACAGCGCCGAGGUACCAGACCAAUCCAUGCAUAGGUUACAAGUUAUUCCCAAACUGCGUCCCAUCCUUUGGGUUCCGCCAUCUGCUGCCUCUCACAGACAGAGUUGACAGCUUCAAUGAGGAGGUUCGCAAACAGAGGGUGUCCCGGAACCGUGACGCGCCAGAGGGCGGCUUUGACGCAGUUCUCCAGGCGGCUGUCUGCAAGGAAAAGAUCGGCUGGCGAAAGGAUGCAUUGCAUUUGCUGGUGUUCACUACGGAUGACGUGCCCCACAUCGCACUGGACGGAAAACUGGGGGGCCUGGUGCAACCCCAUGAUGGCCAGUGCCACCUGAACGAGGCCAACGAGUACACUGUGUCCAAUCAGAUGGACUAUCCAUCCCUUGCCUUGCUGGGAGAGAAAUUGGCAGAGAACAACAUCAACCUCAUCUUUGCAGUGACAAAAAGCCAUUAUAUGCUCUACAAGAAUUUCACAGCCCUGAUACCUGGAACAACAGUGGAGAUUUUACAUGGAGACUCCAAAAAUAUCAUUCAGCUGAUUAUCAAUGCGUACAAUAGCAUCCGUUCUAAAGUGGAGGUGUCCGUCUGGGAUCAGCCUGAGGAUCUUAAUCUCUUCUUCACUGCUACCUGCCAGGAUGGUGUGUCCUACCCUGGCCAGAGGAAGUGUGAAGGCCUGAAGAUUGGGGACACGGCGUCCUUCGAGGUGUCGGUGGAGGCCCGGAGCUGCCCGGGCAGGCACGCGGAGCACGCGUUCACGCUGCGGCCCGUGGGGUUCCGGGACAGCCUGGAGGUGGGGGUCACCUAUAGCUGCGAGUGCGGCUGCAGCGCCCAGCUGGAGGCCGACAGCGCCAGGUGCAGCGGCAACGGGACUUACGUGUGCGGCCUGUGCGAGUGCAACCCCGGCCACCUGGGCACCAGGUGCGAGUGCCAGGAAGGGGAGAGCCAGAGCGGGUACCAGAACCUGUGCCGGGAAGCCGAGGGCAAGCCCCUGUGCAGCGGGCGCGGGGAGUGCAGCUGCAACCAGUGCUCCUGCUUCGAGAGCGAGUUCGGGAAGAUCUAUGGCUCUUUCUGCCAGUGCGACAACUUCUCCUGUGCCAGGAACAAAGGGGUUCUCUGCUCAGGCCACGGUGAGUGUCACUGUGGAGAAUGCAAGUGCCACGCAGGUUACAUUGGGGACAACUGUAACUGCUCGACAGACAUCAGCACGUGCUUGGCCAAAGAUGGCCAGGUCUGCAGUGACCGUGGGCACUGUGUGUGUGGGCAGUGCCAGUGCACGGAGCCGGGAGCCUUUGGAGACACGUGUGAGAAGUGCCCGACCUGCCCAGACGCUUGCAGCACCAAGAGAGACUGCAUUGAGUGCUUGCUGCUUCACUCGGGGGGCCCGGCCGAGAACCAGACCUGCCACAACGUGUGCAAGGAUGAGGUGAUCACAUGGGUGGACACCAUCGAGGUGGUCAGCUCCCUGCCCAUCCAUCAGUGCGCUGGUUGCUCGGAGCAGACAUCUCUGCUUGGUGUCCCUCCAGUGAAAGAUGACCAGGAGGCUGUGCUUUGUUUCUACAAAACCACCAAGGACUGUGUCAUGAUGUUCACCUAUGCGGAGCUCCCCAGCGGGAAGUCCAACCUGACGGUCCUCAGGGAGCCAGAAUGUGGAACUGCCCCUGAUGCCACAACCAUUCUCCUGGCCGUGGUGGGCAGUAUCCUCCUGAUUGGGAUUGCGCUCCUAGCCAUCUGGAAGCUGCUUGUCACCAUCCAUGACCGGAGAGAGUUUGCCAAGUUCCAGAGUGAGCGGUCGAGGGCCCGCUAUGAGAUGGCUUCCAACCCUCUGUACAGAAAGCCCAUCUCCACACACACCGUGGAUUUCACCUUCAACAAGUUCAACAAAUCCUACAAUGGCACCGUGGACUGACAGCUCCUUCUUAGAGGGCCAGAGGGGGCUGAUGAGAAGUCAGAGACGGAUACGCCUUCGACAGCUGCUCAGCUGGAUCAUGGCCCCCUGGAGGGACAAGCACAGACAGCUUCCCGUGAGCCUGGGCCAGGAGCUCACUCCCUGCACUGGAAGGCGGCCAGUGUGCCACCUGGCUGCCGGACCACAGCCACGCCAGGCAGCCACCCUUCCAAGCCCAGGAGAAGGCCCAGGACCUUGGCGCUCUCAGCUUUCCGCACCACAUCCAGCACAUCUCCGGGCAUGGCUGGAGGCCUAGGCCGCCUCUCCCUUCCAGGAGGGCUGAGCCUCCAGCCUGGCCAGAGGAGAAGGCUCUUGGGGGCAUCAGAGUGCAAAACCAACACACGCUCUGGCAUUUCUCAUGUUGAUCAUUUUUAUAUGAAAUAAAAAGAUCGUGCAUUUAUGGUAUAGUUCUAAUUACUGCGAACUGUCUGCCUGAUAUCUAUCCUUGCACAGGGAUGUUGGUGGUGGGAUUUUCGAGAUGCCUGCUGAAGGCAUAUUGUUGCAAAUGUCAGUUUUCCAAUCCUGUCUGCGUUCGUUUAGUACUUUUGUAAUGAAAGGGGAAAAGUUGGGGAUUGAAAGUAAAGAUUAAAA